AUGGCCCACGGGCCACAACCAGCCCGCCAAAUGAUUCUACCCGGCCUGUCGUUGUGUCUAGCAAUAGAAAAAAUUAUACUGAUCGGUUGCUACUCGCUGGGAGCGUGGACUAUUGUGUACUAUUGUGGUCCUAUUAAAUACCUCGUGUCAGUUUGGGACUGUUUUGAUCUGUUGUGUGUCCGGCAGGUCCUGGGAUUCGAAGUGGACACAGUGAACUCGGUGCAGUUUUCCAAUCACACAGGGUAUGAUCACUGGACGGGGCAGGUCAUGACAGCCAACGAGCUGCACACACUGUAUGAUGGGCUGAAGCUGAACGGUGUAAAUCGCUACGACUAUGUGUUGACAGGAUAUACACGAGAUGCGUCAUUCCUGGAAAUGGUGGUGGAUAUCAUCAGAGAGCUUAAGUGUCAAAACCCCAACCUGGUGUAUGUUUGUGACCCAGUGAUGGGAGAUCAGAGAAAUGGUGAUGGUUAUAUGUAUGUCCCAGAGCACCUGCUCCCUGUUUACAAGGAGAAGGUUGUGCCAGUGGCUGAUAUCAUCACUCCUAACCAGUACGAGGCAGAAAUUCUAGCGGGAAAGAAGAUGAACACAGAGAAGGAAGCCCUGGAGGUUAUGGACCUUCUCCACGCGAUGGGCCCUGAAACGGUGGUGAUCACGAGCUCUGACUUACCCUCGUCCCUGGGAAAAGACUAUCUGAUCGCGCUCGGCAGCCUGAGAAAGAUAAAAGCAGACGGGACGUUGGUGAAGGAGCGAAUCCGAAUGGAGAUCCCGAAGGUGGACGCUGUGUUUGUGGGCACCGGGGACCUGUUCACUGCCAUGUUGCUGGCCUGGACACACACCCACCCAAACAACCUGAAGAUGGCCUGUGAGAAGACGGCCUCAGCAUUGCAGCACAUUGUGAGGAGGACGAUCAACCAUGCAAGAGUCAUGGCUGGAUUGGGGAGGAGGCCCAACUCUGCGGAGCUGGAGUUACGUGUGGUGCAGAGCAAGUGCGACAUCGAGAACCCCGAGAUCAUCAUCCACGCCACCAUCAUCUAACAUCCAGCCGCACAGCACAGCCCUCCCACACUCAUUGAGUGUGGCUGCCAGCCCGGGGUAAGGGGAGGGCAGAGGGAGUAACAA